ACUGUUGAAGUAAUGUUACCCAGCUAACUCACUGCCAAACAACCUGUUGUUCUGUCACAUAAACUGUGGCUGAAAGUCAUUACUUCAGAGCGCCCUCAACCGGUUACCAAUUGAAAUUGCGCGGCCUAGUUCUCUCUGCAAUUUCAUGGCGCUGAGACCCACUGUCCAAAGAAAUCAUUGUCUUCGAAUAAGGUUUCUCGCGGGUAUAUUAUUUGUCUCAGCGCAUUACUCUGCAAACACACGCCACCAGGACCCGGCGAAUAAUCGUCUUACACCUCCCCGGUUUACACGAGUCACAACACGGCAAACUUUCCCCUUUCGUUCCGGCUGGGUCUCACCGGUUCACGUACCAGGUGCGCAAGUUGUAUCAUUUUGAAGAACAGUUAUGUCAGGAAUCAAAAGGAGGAUUGAAGACAAAGACCCAGACUAUGAAGAAAUAUCAGUUGUCCACCAAAACAAACGACAUAAGGUCUUGGAGCAGAAUGCUCGGGAAGCAACGGUACAGAAAAUUGAAGCCAUCAUAAAGGAUCAGUUCUGCCUGGAAAUGAAGAACAAAGAGCAUGAGAUCGAGGUGAUUGGGCAGCGUCUUAAUGAAGCGAGGAGGAUGAUGGACAAGUUGAGGGCCUGCAUUGUGGCCAAUUACUAUGCUAACGCAGGCCAGCCAAAGGUCCAAGAGCAGUCAUCCAAGAGCGACCCCUCGGUCUUCAACCACCCGGCCAUCAAGCGGUUCCUGGAGUCGCCCUCGCGCUCCUCCUCUCCCCUCAACCAGGGCUCCGAGACGCCCUCCCUCGUGCAGUCCGAGACGGAGUCCCUGUCCCAGCUGGGCGAGGGCCAGGACCGGGACGGGGAAGGGGGCUGGAGGGAGGAGUCUGGCCGGCCCGAGCGCAGGCCAGGCCGGAACACGGGGAAGGACACCUUUGGAGUUUUGGUCCCGCGGGAUGGAGACCAGCGAUUCACCUAUCACACCACGGGAGAGGACUCGUCCCGCCUCUAUGUGAAAAAGACCAUCGUUGUGGGAAACGUGUCCAAGUACAUCCCCCCAGAUAAGAGAGAGGAAAACGAUCAGUCCACGCACAAGUGGAUGGUGUAUGUGAGGGGCUCCCGGAAGGAGCCCAGCAUAGACCACUUUGUGAAGAAGGUCUGGUUCUUCCUGCACCCCAGCUACAAACCCAAUGACCUUGUGGAAGUCAGCGAGCCUCCCUUCCACCUGACCCGCCGUGGCUGGGGAGAGUUCCCUGUCCGGGUCCAGAUCCACUUCAAAGACCCCCGCAACAAACGCAUCGAUAUCAUCCACCACCUGAAGCUGGACAGAACCUACACGGGCCUGCAGACGCUCGGCGCUGAAACGGUUGUGGAUGUGGAGCUGCACCGAAACUCUCUGGGGGAGGACUUGGUCCCCUUUCCUUCCUCCUCAUCCUCCCAGCAGACGAGUGCUGUCCACACCCCGGGGUCCUCCUCUGGCCCCGCCCAGACGCCUGGGCCCUCCGCACGGCUGCCCGCCUCCCCUGUGCGCCACGCCCCGGACGCCCACGGCGUCUUGGAGAAAGGCUGCGCGAUUAAGACCGAGGCUGGCCGAUCCAGCGCCUACGACCCCCUCUCCACGGAGCGCACGCCGUCCCGGCCCAAAGUCACGGAGAAGAUCACUCUGGGUUCCCACGGCAACUCCGCUUUCCAGCCAAUUACAGCUAGCUGCAAGAUCGUCCCGCAGGGGCAGGUGCCCAGUCCUGCGGAGUCUCCCGGGAAAUCGUUUCAGCCAAUCACAAUGAGCUGCAAGAUCGUUUCAGGCUCCCCCAUCUCCACCCCCAGCCAUUCGCCCCUUCCACGAACCCCCACCUCCACCCCUGUGCACACAAAGCAGGGCGCCUCUGUCAUCAACAACCCCUACAUCAUUGUGGACAAGCCCGGGCAGGUCAUCAGCAUGGCCUCUGCUGCUGCCGCUGCCGCCUCCUCCGCAGGGAGCCCGACGGCGAAGCAGACCGCUGCUACCCAGGGCCAGGGCACGAGGUCUCCGGCCCCGAAAAUGCACGCCGGCAGCUUCCUGUCGUCCGGGGUGAAGGUCAUCAUAAAGCAGGAGCCGGGGGAGGUCCUCUCCCAGCCGCCACAGCAGCAGCAGCAGCAGCAGCAGCACCAGGCGCAGCAAAUGCUGGUUUCCACGGCAACGCCCCAGCAGUCGGCCGGGCAGCAGUUUGUCGCAGUGAAGGGCGGUCACAUGAUAGCCGUGUCGCCUCAGAAGCAGGGCGCCGGCGCACCGGGAGCCACAGCCAGCAAGGUGGUGGGCAUCCCGAUGGGCUCGGCCCUGCAGUCGGCGGUGAAGCAGGUGGCCAUCAGCAGCGGGCAGAUCCUGGUCGCCAAGUCCAGCCCCAACGUCUCCAAGGUGAUGGGGCAGAAACAGGUGAUCGCCCAGGGUGUGGCCAAAGCCAUCGUGAGCGGCUCCAGCAUCGUGGGUCAGCAGGUGCACACCGUCACCAAGGCGACAAGCUCAUCUACAGGAACCACCAAGACCGGAGGUCAGGGCUCAGUUAUGGCUACACUCCAGCUGCCGGCUAACAACCUGGCUAACCUGGCCAAUCUGCCUCCCGGCACCAAGCUCUACCUGACCACCAACAGCAAGAAUCCCUCAGGCAAAGGCAAGCUGCUGCUCAUCCCCCAGGGGGCGAUAUUGCGCGCCUCCAAUCCCUCAGGUCAGCAGGCUCAGAGCGCCUCCUCCGUGAGCACGGGGAGCUCCCAGACUCCACCCAGCGCCACCUCCACCAGCAGCAGCAGCACCAGCACCACCAGCAGCAGCACCCUGCCCUCCAACCUGUCCUACACCUCCUACAUCCUCAAACAGACGCCCCAGGGGACGUUCCUGGUGGGCCAGCCGACGCCGCAGGGCGCGGGGAAGCAGGGGGCGAGCUCGGCCAGUCACAGCGCGUCGUCCCCGGCAACCAUCACGCAGCAGGCCAUCCGGGUCACCGCCGGGCAGAAGGCCGCCAUCCUCGCGCAGGUGGUGGGCGGGUCCCAGGCGUCCCAGGUGAAGCUGUCGGACGGCUCGGUGAAGACGGUGACGGCGGCGGGCCACCUGUCCAAACCCGGCACCACCACCCUGAGGAUGACGGGCGGCGUGAUCACCGCCGCCAGCACCAGCGUCGCCCCGGCCGCCGUCGCCACGGCGAGCUCCGCCCAGCAGGCCGCAGAGGGGUCCGGGCUCGGCUCGUGCCCCUCAGUCCCGGGCGCCAAGCCCGUCGUCCAGCACCCGGUCCUGGUGGCAGCCAGCCAGGCGGCGGUCCUGAGCGCGGCCAAGAGCGCCAGCGCCCCGGUCGCCACGGCCGCCGCGGCCAAGAGCGCCGCCCCCGCCUCCCUGGUCACCGUGGCCAAGAGCAUCAACAUGCCGGUCCUCAGCCUGGCCAAGGGGGCGGGCUCGGCCGUGGUGGGCGUAACCAAGAGCGCUAGCCCCUCCCUGGUCACCACCGCCUCCCUGGUCAGCAGCGGGAGCGCUGUGAGCGCCAAGACUGCAGCCACCCUAUCAGGAAUGCUGAAGAUCCACUCUGGCCACACCAGCAAUCAGCAGACCGUGCUCACCAUCCCUGCCAACCAGCUGAAGCAGCUGGGCGUGAGCAGCUCCAGCGGGGGGGUCCAGACCAUACUCAUGCCCGUCAGCAAAGUGGUACAGUCCAGUUCAGUCACCAAGGCCACACCUAUCACCUCCAUCACCACCACCACCACCACCGUCACCAGCACCAGUGGAGCUUCUGCACCCCCCAGCACCACCGUACAGAUCGCCUCCUCUUCCUCUUCCUCAUCCUCAUCCUCCGCUGCCCAGGUGAAGACGGAGCCUGGAGUGGCAGGUCCCACCAACGGCGCCGCCCCCCAGCCCCCGAGCACCGCCCCUCCUCCCCUGGCAACAGCCCCUGCCCCCGUUCCUGCCCCCGCCCCCGCCCCCGCCCCCGCCCCCGCCGCGGUCAAAGUGGAGCAGGGGACAGAGACGCCGCACGACCUCAUCAACACGGAGCACGUGGAAAACCUGCUGCAGCUGUUAACAGCGGUGGUGAAGAGGUUUCCUCUCAUCGUUCCUGAGAAAACUGAGAGCUCGCACCCGUUCUGCGCGGAGUCCCUGGAGCAGUACUACUCCUGGAACAUCGGGAAGCGGCGAGCAGCGGAGCUGCAGAGGGCGGUGGCGGUGAAGCGGGUGGUGCAGGAGGUCCUGGACAAAGCGCCCCGCCUCCAGGCCAUCUCCCCGCCCAAGACCAAGGAGGUGGUGCAGUGGUGCCGGCAGCGCGGCUACACCCCGCCCGACCCGGAGCAGAGGCGCAGCGAGGAGGACUCCAUCGAGGACAUCCUGACCCAGAUCGACAGCGAGCCUGAGUGCCCGUCCACGCUGCUGGGCGCGGAGGAACUGUGCCAGCGCCUAGAGGACCUGCAGAAGCUGCUGAAGACGGAGCCCGAGGAAGACGAUGAGCCGCUGGACGUGAUCAGCCUCUGGGACCCACCCGUCAAGGUCCAGGUCAAGCAGGAGGGGGAGGAGGCCGACCCGGAGCCCAGAUUCUACCUGGCCCCCUCCCCGUCCACCCACUUCGUUGGAGACACCGCCCAGCAGAUCGGAGUCUCGUUCCAGCCCGUGGAAGUGGAGAAGAACGUGUACGCCCCUGCGGUCGAGGAAAUGGUUCUCAAGGCUACUGAGCAGUUUGCCAGUGAGAUUCUGAGGGAAGCUCUCGCUGGUGCAUAUCAGAAAUCACCCCAGAACAGAGUGCCCAGAGAAAUCACAGCGAUGGACAUCCACCAGGCCGUCGGCAGCAUUCCCACGUGCGACUUCCUCACCAACAAGUACAUGGGCUUCCUGCUGAGGGACGGUGGCCAUGACGACUGAGGGCGUGGCCUGAGAGCUGCCGGCCCAGGGACAGCCCCCCUCCCCAGCACACACCACCGGUGACCCAGCCCCUCGGCUCAAACGGAGAAGCUCUUCAACUGCAGUCAGGUGACCCUGAGCAGUCUAGGGUCCGCAUGACAUCACACAGGAAGCUGUGUCUCCCCGGCUGUAGAUGCUGAAGAUGAGAAGUGUAGUGGCAAGAGGAGCCCAGUUCCAGACGCUGUGCAAAGCCCCUCUGGCUCUUUCUACAGGAGCGUUUGCACAAGCUCACAAUGCCGCGCUCAAUCCUCUUCACUUGACCUCAGGGUGGGCGGAGCUUUUCAGUGUUCUCUCACCCGAUUCGUGUUUCUUCAUGCAAUCGAGAGAUGGGCGGAGUCGGGACUACUACUCCAUCCAUGUCCAGGAUGAUCAACUUCCAGCAUCUCUCCCACCUUUCCCCCCUUUUCAAAACUACACUCACUCUAUCUCUAUUUACUCCCUCCACUCUUUCUUCUCUCUUCUACAUUUCUCUCUCCUCUGUCUGGCUCCCUUUCUCAGCCAGCACCAGUUUAAAUGCUGAGGAGACUGUAAUUGUCUCAGUCCAUACGAUUAGUCAACCGUUUUUUUUUUCUAUUUUUUUUUUUUUUUUAAUCGAGAAGCGAAAAGGAAAAACUGCUGACGCUGCAGACUCACAGGAGAGAGGCUGAGCAGCCCAGCCUUGUACUUCAGAACAACAAUCAAAUGCCCCCCCACCCCCCACCCCCAGUUCCCCCACACGAGACCCUGUGAGCUCGAUUGUUUCAGUAUUGAUCGACACGCCGCCUUCAGCUGUCUCUCUUCGUCCGUCUCGUACCUCAGUAACAGGACAUGAGGGAUGCAGGUGUGCGCCGAGACAAGGCUCCCGGUGUCCCAGUAUUCCUCCACCGUCUUCAGGCCAUGUCGUAUCCGUCUGGGAAUCAUUUCAGCGCGUGCUUACAGCAGGGAAAUAAACGUGCGGUCCUAGAGCCUCCGGAGCCCUUUUCACCGCGCCGCUAUUCAGUGGCAGCGUUACGGAGGCGUUUCUAGGCGACACCGCCGCUCGAUUUCCGCUGCCCAGGGAGCCUCCGGCUGUCCCUUUUAUAAAUGACCUCCCCCACGCAAUUUUUCUUCCUCGGUUUUCCCGCUCACUCCUCAAGAGCGAGCAGGUAAUAUAAUUUCACCGUCGCCUCGACAUUUUAACCUGUCGAUCUCGUCCCUGGAACGCUUUGUAUUAGCCGGGUCUUAAAACGUUUAUUGAAAACACGGUGUACCUCACGCUGUUGUAGUGCAGGGCGAGUGUGCUUGGGAGUGCCCUUAAAGUGCUUUGUCAGCACCCAGAAAGGCACGUCACGUGACCACCAUCUUUAGCUACCAUUGGCUACCGCAGAAACGGCAGUUUAGCGUCUGACACGUGACGUUUUUGAGUUUGCUUAUGGUCCAAACCAUACUGCAAAGAAAGCAGACAGUGUAGAUUUUACUUCAAUGAAGAGAUCUGUAAAAUCAUGAGUUUAAGAGCUGCUCUUCACUCUUAAGUAAUGAUGUUUUUUUCCUGCGCUUUGUGAGGUAUUUAAGGAAGUAUUACUUUUUAAAAAUUCAUUUCACCAACUGGCAGUCUGGCAGUAGAAAUGUGAAAAAAUCAAGGCUUCUUUAGAAUAAUGGCAGAGCAUGGUGCAGUUGGUCUGAAUCUGAGCUAAUUUCUUGGCAUCUCAGGAGACAAAGUGGCCCACUCCAGUAUCUUUCUGGAACAUUCUAAAUGUGUGCCCCAUUUGAUAACACCCACCUGUCGAAAAAAGGUGGGUGUUAUCAAAUGGUGGCAGUGAUGGUGAGAUAAGCCUUCUACAACAGAUUUCAUUUUAAUUAAGAACAUGGCCACUUCAGAGUCUAAACUAGGCUCAAGUGUAGUUUGUAAGAAGAAUUCUGGGGCUUUCGUUGAAUUCUUUCACUCCCACAUAAUAAUUUCUUCAUCGUGCACAAAGCUCUUCAACCCUGCUGCUUUUCAGUGCUGUUUGUACUUGACCACAACCUGAAGUGAUUUUGCCGGUUCGACCAAAUUUUAUGUAUUGUAGAAUUCUUCUGACCGUUGUAUUUUAAUUUCUAAUGCACACCAAAAGACUUGGAUGGAUAUUCUUGUAUUAAAAAUGGAAAACAUUGCAAAA